UGUGUGUGUGUCUCGCCUCCAAGAUGCUGAUGUUGAAGACGUCGGUGUUGUGCCUGGUCCUGGCCGCUGCUGCUGGAGGUGCUGAUCUCAGAGGACCUUCAGGAGGGCUCCUCAAGACGCCUCGCUUUGAGAUCCUGCGGGAUGGCCGUCAGGGACCUUCUACAGAUGGCUCCUACAAGUUCCACUUCGAGACGGAAGACGGGAUUAUCCGUCGGGAGGAAGGUACCAUCCGUAGGGGGUCUGGCGCCGCCGUCAAGCAAGGAGCCUGGUCAUUCACAUAUCCUGAUGGAACUCCAGCGGCCUUCAGCUACAUCGCUGACGAGAAGGGGUUCCGGGUGAAGUCCGACCUACGACCAGCGUCCAGUAACCUCGCGACCGCUGCGUCCUCUGGCCAGGCGACCAGUUUCUUACGCCCUGGAUCACAGAUCAACGGUUCUAGAACUCCAGGAUCACAGCUCAGUGGUUCUAAGAGUCAGGGAGCCAAGUUCGGUGGUUCUAAGACUCCAGAAUCACUGUACCGCUUUCCAAAGACUCCGGGAUCCCAGACCGUCGGUUCUAAAGUUCCAGUAUUCCGCGCUGACGGUCCUCCCGCUCCAGGAGUCUUGUUUGAAAGUCCACCGGCCCCGGGAUUCCAGUUUGGUGGUUCUCCAGCUUCAAGAUUACAGCUUAGAGGUUCCUCGGCUUCGGACGCUCAACUUGGAGGUCCGCCAGCAUCUGGAGGUUCCGCAGUUUCAAGAUUCCAGUUUGGAGAUUCAGCAUCUGCAGGUUCCAAGCUUGGAGGUUCAGUUCCUGGAUCUUUGCCCAGUGGUUCAGCUCCAGGUUCAUCUUACAUUCCCCCAAAUGAACUGGGAACUGAAGCCGGUGGUUCACCAGCUGCAGAAUCCCAAUUUGGAGGUUCCCAAGUUCCAGGAGCUCACCUUGGAGGUUCUUUAGCUUCAGGAAUUCAGAAUGGAGGUUCCACAGAUUCAAGAUUCCAGCUUGGAGGUUCAGCAUUUUCGGGAUCCCAGGCUAGAGGUUCUCAAGCCUCAGGAGCUCAGCCAGCAAGUUCCCCAGGAUCGAGACUUCAAGCUGGAGGUUCAACAUCUUCAGGAUCAAAGUUUGGCGGUUCAGUUCCUGGAUCUCUGCCCAGCGGUUCAACUCCCGGUUCAUCUUACGUUCCCCCAACUGGAUUGGGAAAUUUGGUCGGUGGUUCAUCAGCUCCAAGAUCCCAGUUUGGAGGUUCCCAAGCUUCAGGAGCUCAAUUUGGAGGUUCCCCAGAUACAAGAUUUCAGUCUAGAGGUUCAACAUCUUCAGUACACCAUUUUGGAGGUUCUCAAGCUUCAGGAUCCUUGCUAGGAGGCUCCUCAGCUUCAGGAUUCCAGCUUGGAGGUUCGUCAGCUGCAGAAUCUCAGAUUGAUGGUUCACCUGUUCCGGAAUCCCAGUUCGGAGGUUCAGUUCCAGGAUCUCAAUUUAGUGGUUCAUCCCCUGGUUCCUCUUACACAUCGCCAGCUGAACUAGGAACUCAAUCUGGAGGGUUAUCAUAUUCAGAAUCCCAGUUUGGAGGUUCUCUGGCUCCAGGAUCCCAGAUUGGAGGUUCAGCUGCUCCACGGUCCCAGUUUGGAGGUUCACCGGCUCCAGGACCCCAGAUUGGAGGUUCAGCUGCUCCACAAGCCCAGUUUGGAGAUUCACUGGCUCCAGGAUCCCAGUUUGGAGGUUCAUCGGCUCAAGGAUCCAAGAUUAGAGGUUCAGCUGCUCCACGAUCCCAGUUUGGAGGUUCACCGGCCCCAGGAUCCCAGAUUGGAGGUUCAGUUGCUCCACAAGCUCAGUUUGGAGGUUCACCGGUUCGAGGAUCCCAGAUUGGAGGUUCAGCUGCUACACAAGCUCAGUUUGGAGAUUCACUGGUUCGAGGAUCCCAGAUUGGAGGUUCACAUGCUACAGAAUCCCAGUUUGGUGCCACAAAAUUUCCAGGAUCUCAGAAUGUAGGUUCUGGAGCUCCAGGCUUCCACUCAGAAGGUUCUUCAGCUCAUGAAACCCCAUCCCAAUGCUCACCAGCCCCAGGAUCCCAUUCACAAGGUUCUCCUGAUUCAGGAUCCCAGCUUGGAGGUUCCCAAACUUCAGAGUCCCAGUUCCGAGGUUCCUCCGCCUCAGGAUCCAAGUUUGGAGGUUUCCAAGCUCUAGAACCCCAGUUUGGAGGUUCGAAAGUUCAAGAUUACCAGUCAGAAGGUUCAGCAUCACAGCCCAGUGGUUCAGCUCCCGGUUCCUCUUACAUUCGCCCAAGCGAAAUAGGAACUCCGUCAGGAAGUUCACCAGCGCCUGGACCCCAGCUUGGAGGCUCCCCAACGCCUGGACCCCAGCUUGGAGGCUUCCCAGCGCCAGGACCCCAGCUUGAAGACGCCCCAGCUUCAGGACCUCAGCUUGGAGGCUCCCCAACGCCAGGACCCCAGCUUGGAGGCUUCCCAGCGCCAGGACCCCAGCUUGGAGGCUCCCCAACGCCUGGACCCCAGCUUGGAGGCUCCCCAACGCCUGGACCCCAGCUUGGAGGCUUCCCAGCGCCAGGACCCCAGUUUGAAGACGCCCCAGCUUCAGGACCUCAGCUUGGAGGCUCCCCAACGCCAGGACCCCAGCUUGGAGGCUUCACAGUUCCAAGACCCCAGCUAGGAGGUUCCCUACCCCAUGGAACGUCAAGUAUCGGAUCCGGGGCACCAGAGGCCCAGUUUACUGCUCCACCAGGACCUGGGUAUCUCUACUCUGUUCCCUCACCUUGAAAGAAAUAGAAGCCCACCCUGGAAACACAAACCGAAACUGUCUCAAUUUUCCGCUUGUUACAACUUGUAAUAAAGUUGUUACAUCUUGGCUUAACGUGUUUAUGACGUAUUAG